CUGGCCGUGCGGCCGCACCUUGAAACUACCUGGCGCGGAGGUGGAGCGGGAUCGGGAGCGGGAUCGGGAGCGGGAGGGGGAUCGUGCGGGCCCCGGGAGUCUGCAGCAGCGAUGCACAGCUCCGAGCCUCCGGCCAGGGGCCCCCGGGCCUCGAGGGGCAGCAGCCUCGGGGAGCUGAGCGCCGAUCUCCGCUACAAGCACCAGUCGCAGAUCAUGAACGGCUCGGAGGAGAUCGUGGAGUUCCUCCCUGUCAACAAUGGCAAGAAGAUGGAGAAGAGGGGCCCGAAGCGGUGGGUGAUGCUGCUGGUUGUCGUCACGGGCGCCCUGCUCCUCUCCCUCAUGGUGGGCUUCCUGGUGUGGCACUUCCAGUACCGGAAUGCAAAGGUGCAGAAGAUUUAUAAUGGCUACUUGAAGAUCACAAACAGGAACUUCGUGGACGCCUACGAGAACUCCAACUCCUCGGAGUUCGCCGAGCUGGCUGGGAAGGUCAAGGACACGCUGGAAGCAUUGUACGGUAGCGUCCCGGCUCUCGGCCCCUAUCACAAGACAUCUGUGGUGACCGCCUUCAGUGAGGGGAGCGUCAUAGCUUACUACUGGUCCGAGUUCAGAAUCCCCCAACACAAGGUGAAAGAUGCCGAAUGGGCCCUGAUGGGAGAGCGAGUCUUCCAAGUGCCCCCGAAAUCCCGAGCCCUGUCGACGCUCAGCGUGGGCUCCUUCGUGGCCUACCCGGUUGACCCCAGGACAGCCCAGACUUCCCUGGAUAACAGCUGCAGCUUCGCCCUGCACACCAAAGUGGGCGAGGUGACCCACUUCGCCACCCCGGGCUUCCCCGACAGCCCGUACCCGAACCGUGCCCGCUGCCAGUGGGUGCUGCGGGGGGACGCCGACCAGGUGCUGAGCCUCACCUUCCGGAGCUUCGACGUGGCGCCCUGCAACGAGAGGGAGAGCGACCUGGUCAAGGUGUACGACUCCCUGAGCCCCGUGGAGCCGCGGGCCGUGGUGGCGCUGUGCGGCGCCUACCCCCCGUCCUACAACCUGACCUUCCUGUCCUCCCAGAACGUCCUGCUGAUCACCCUGUUCACCAACACCCCGCUCCGACACCCUGGCUUCGCUGCCCAAUUCUUCCAGCUGCCCAAGAUGAGCAUGUGUGGCGGGUCUCUGAAUGAGGUGACAGGGACCUUCAGUAGCCCCUACUACCCAGGCCACUACCCGCCCAACAUCGACUGCAUCUGGAACAUCGAGGUGCCCAGCGGCAACAACGUGAAGGUGCGUUUCAAAAUGUUCUACUUGGUGGAGCCCCACGUGACCCUCGGCUCCUGCUCCAAAGACUUCGUGGAGGUCAACGGGGAGAAGUACUGUGGGGAGAAGCCCCCGUUCGUGGUGGCCAGCAGAAGCAACAAGAUGACUGUCUACUUCCAUUCGGACACAUCCUACACAGACACCGGCUUCUUGGCCGAAUACCUGUCCUACGACUCCAGCGACCCCUGCCCUGGCAUGUUCACCUGCAACACCGGCCGCUGCAUCAAGAAUGAUCUGCGCUGCGACGGUUGGGCCGACUGCACGGACUUCAGCGACGAGCUGCAAUGUGUGUGCAAUGCCACCCACCAGUUCACCUGCCAAAAUAAGUUCUGCAAGCCACUCUUUUGGGUGUGUGACUCGGUGAAUGACUGUGGGGACAACAGCGACGAGCUGCAGUGCGGUUGCUCGGCUCAGACCUUCAAAUGCCGCGACGACGGGAAGUGCAUCCCCGAGAGCAAGAAGUGCGACCGCCACAGGGACUGCGCGGAUGGCAGCGACGAGGCGGACUGUGGCGACGGCGCGGGGGCGGUCACCUGUCCCCAGAACAGCUAUAAGUGUCACAGCGGCGAGUGUGUGAGCAAGGCCAACCCCGAGUGUGACGGAAAGAAGGACUGCGGUGACGGCUCGGACGAGGAUCAGUGCGAAUGUGGGACCCGAUCCUUCAACAAGCAGUCCCGGAUCGUGGGGGGCCAGAACUCGGACGUGGGGGAGUGGCCUUGGCAGGUGAGCCUGCACGCCCAGGGCCAGGGACACCUGUGCGGAGCCUCACUCAUCUCUCCCAACUGGCUGGUCUCCGCUGCCCACUGCUUUGUGGAUGAUCUGAAGAUCAACAUGAGGUACUCGGACCCGUGGGUGUGGACGGCCUACCUGGGGCUGCACGACCAGCGUCAGCGGCAGGCCUCCACGGUCCAGGAGCGCAAGGUGAAGCGCGUCAUCCGCCACCGGCUCUUCAACGACUUCACUUUCGACCACGACAUCGCCGUGCUGGAGCUGGACCAGCCGGUCACCUACAGCAACUGGGUGCGCCCCGUCUGCCUGCCCGACGCCACCCACAGCCUACCUCCGGGCAAGGCCAUCUGGGUCACGGGCUGGGGCCUCACCGCUGAAGGAGGGACUGGAGCCGUGAUCCUGCAGAAGGGAGAGAUCCGGGUCAUCAACCAGACGGUCUGCCACCGCCUGCUGCCCCAGCAGAUCACCCCGCGCAUGGUGUGCGUGGGCUUCCUCAACGGGGGCGUGGAUGCCUGCCAGGGUGACUCGGGCGGCCCGCUCUCCAGCAUGGAAGACAACGGGCGGAUGUUCCUGGCCGGCGUGGUGAGCUGGGGCGAGGGCUGUGCCAGGCGAGACAAGCCGGGUGUCUAUACGCGGGUGCCCCAGCUGCGGGAUUGGAUUAAGGAGAUGACAGGCGUAUAGGACUUCUUCGUUCCACUCUUCCCUUCCUCCCCCUCUUCCUCCUCCUCCUCACACACUGCCCUCUGGAAGUGGAGCAGCAGCUCCAGAGAGCAACUGACCCAUGUCUCCUGCCGCAGCCCAACACCUGCCCUCUGCCCCAGCUGCCCCCCUGCCCUUUUCCCACCUUCCCCACCAGACUGAAAGAGCUGCCGUGCUUGGUCACCGACGUGCUCGGCCUGUGACCCCCAGCUCCGACAGAGCCCACAAAGAAGCAUCAGCCCGGAAGCUAUUUUGGAUCUUUGUGAGCAGCAGUUUGACUUGGUUGAAGGCUCGGGACCACAAGCGUUUCUCUGGACUGAUCCGGCCCCCGCGACGGUGGGUGAGGGGCAGGAUACACAGGGUCAACGAGAGACCGAGGGCCAGAGUUUUGUUUGUUUUGCCCUACCCCCUCUUCCCGGCACUCUGUGACCUGGGCUGCACUGGUCAGGUGAGUGCCUGGAGAGGCUGGCACCAUUUCUGAACUAGGGCCAGGCUGGGGGCGGCCGGCCCGCUCAGAUUCUCACUUCUGCUGGGGUCACCCCAGGGCUCAGUGCAGAGAGGAGGCAGAAGGAUUGUGCUCAGGACUGGCGAGCAUAUGGAUCCUCAAAUUCCCCAGGGGACCGGGCACCCUGGCUUCUGCCCUCUCAGAGCCAGGCAUCUGGGCAAAGAAGGAUUUGGAUGUGGGGUCGACAGGAGAAAAUGUGAUUUUUAUAUUUUUUAACUUAAAAUGCUUUCGAUCCCAUCGGCCGGAGUCCCGCUGGAAGGGGCCCCGCUGGCAGGGGUUGAGGGGCCGCAGCGCCCCUCCGCGGGCCUCUGGCUGGCCAAGAGGUGAUCUGGCCGCUCCUCUGCCUCUGGAUCCCGCCGGGGGAGACAGUGGACCCACCCAUCCCUGCACAGACACGGCUGGGGGGGCCGAGGCGUAUCCGGGCCAGGGCAGCCUGGCCCCUGGACCAGGGUCUGGAGUCCCCUUCACCCCCACUUGGCAGGAGAGACGAUGUGGAGGAACUGUGGAGGGUUUGGGGUGGGGAGGGGGAGGGUCUCCUUGGGGAGGAGUAUAGGAAUGAGUUUCAAGCUGAUUUUGGGUGAGCGUGCUCCCAGCUGUGUAUAUAACGUUGUAAAUACCUGUGCCCAUUGCCUCUCCCUUAGCCCCACCCCUGCCCCAGUUCUAGCUGGGAGUGGGAGGCAGCAGAGAACUGAAGGCCUGGGGAUUUG